AUGUCUCCCGUUCAGUUGGCAGAAAAAAAUUUCGAAAGAGAUGAAAAAUUCACAAAGGCUCUUCACGGUGACUCUCACAAGAAGCAAGGUUUGUUUGCCUUGAUGGCCAAGUCCAAAGACGCUGCCUCUGUUGCUAAUGAAGGAUAUUUCAAACAUUGGGAUGGUGGUGUUACAGAGGACGACGAAAAGAAGAGAUUAGGUGACUAUUCGCAAUUGACUCACCACUACUACAACUUGGUUACCGACUUUUACGAGUAUGGAUGGGGCUCGUCAUUCCACUUUUCUAGAUACUACAAGGGUGAAGCGUUUAGACAGGCUACAGCAAGACAUGAACACUACUUGGCGCACAAGAUGAACUUGAACGAAAACAUGAAGGUUCUCGAUGUUGGUUGUGGUGUUGGUGGUCCAGGUAGAGAAAUCACUAGAUUCACCGAUUGUGAGAUUGUUGGUUUGAACAACAAUGAUUACCAAAUUGAAAGAGCAAACCACUAUGCCAAGAAGUACAAAUUGGACCACAAAUUAUCUUAUGUCAAAGGUGACUUUAUGCAGAUGGAUUUCGAGCCAGAAACUUUUGACGCUGUGUAUGCAAUUGAGGCAACUGUUCAUGCGCCAGUCUUGGAAGGUGUCUACUCUGAGAUCUACAAGGUUUUGAAACCAGGUGGUGUGUUUGGUGUUUACGAAUGGGUCAUGACUGAUGAAUACGACGAGACAAAUGAAGAACACAGAAAGAUCGCUUAUGGUAUCGAAGUUGGUGACGGUAUCCCCAAGAUGUACAAACGUGAAGUUGCUGAACAAGCUUUGAAAAACGUUGGUUUUGAGAUUGAAUACGAAAAGGACUUGGCAGAUGUCGAUGAUGAGAUCCCAUGGUACUAUCCAUUAGCAGGUGACUUGAAAUAUUGCCAAUCCUUGGGUGAUUUGUACACUGUGUUUAGAACCUCUAGAUUGGGUAGAUUUAUCACUACCGAGGCUGUUGGAUUGAUGGAAAAGGUGGGUAUUGCACCAAAGGGAUCAAAGCAAGUCACAUUUGCUUUGGAAGACGCGGCAGUGAACUUGGUCGAAGGUGGACGUAAAAAGUUAUUUACGCCAAUGAUGUUGUACAUUGCCAGAAAACCAGAAAACAAGGAGUAA